CUUCCUCAUCCAGAUACCCAACUCUUAAGGGGCCACACGCCACCACCGCCACCACCGCCACCACCGCCACCACCGCCACCACCACCGCCGGCUUCCUGCUCGCAACGCCGCCUUGACAAGUCGGAACGAGCCAUGGUCAGCAUCACGCGCACGGCGCUGGGAAGCAUUCUGCUCAUCAGCAUUGCGCUGCCCCGCGCAGUCUCUUCCUCGCCCGUGUUCGAGACCUACAGCUACGACAGCGUUCCCGCGGAGGAGGCGCGGGUCGAAGAGGCGGAGCCCUCCUGGUCAGAGGCGGAGGCGAGGAACGCGAAGAGACACUCGGAGGGGACGUUCACGAGCGACUACAGCAAAUACCUGGACACGGUGCGAGCCAAGGACUUCGUGCACUGGCUCAUCGGCACCAAGAGAGGCCGAGCCCCAGCACGGCGGCAGGCGGAGGAGAAGCGCCACGCGGAGGGGACGAUCGCGAGCGACUACAGCUCCGUGCUGGACGGGAAGGCGGCCAAGGACUUUGUCGACUGGCUCGUGAGGAACAGGGGCCGCGGCAAACGCGAGCUCCUGAGCGAUCAGGACGCGAUGCUGGACUCGGCAGCCCUGGGGGGCGCGGAGGAGGAGAAGGAGGGGGAGGAGGAGGAGGUGGUGGGGCCCAUGCCGAGGGUGAGUCCCGAUUCGGCGGAGCUGAGCUUCAUCCUGGAGCAGCUGUCCACGCAGCAGCUCAUGCGGCUCCUGCAGAGCAGCGGGGGGCCCUGCGAGCCCUCGAGUCGUGGCGCCUUCGCAGACUGACUCGGCCCCGGCACCGCAACGUCCAAAAUUGCUCCGUUCCCCACGCUUCAACUGUCCCCCCCCCCUUCCCCCGCCAACUUCGAGAUCACUCGCCGAUAUUGCUGACACACACACACACAGCUCGCUCGUUCACUACCACUCCUAAUCAAUCUUUAUUGAUAAUAUUCUUAUGGCUUCAUUAAAUAAAAGGCGUGAAACUGCCUUUGUCUAAAUCUAGCCUCAUAGCGGCUCCUUCUUGGUGUGCUCUGUGUACAUUGCACCUACGCCCAGCCGCCUUUGUCUCCCCAGUGCUGAUGUUUACACACACAUAACACUAAUCGCACAAAGCAAUUAUUGAAGUCUACGUCGAUCUAGGGGAGGCAGGGGACAAGGUCUGAUAUCAUUCGCCGGUGAUGUUAGCCAUGGUCAGGAAUCGAACUCUGAUCGGUGGGCUUGGAGAGGAAUGCGCUAACCGCUGCGCUACCGCCCCCACACACACACACCUGUAAUGCGUGGCUAGCAGGUGUGGUACUCAU